GUAAAAGUAUAGAGUUGUAGGUUAUGUUAUGAUUUUCAUUCAAGUUUUCAUGCCGAUUUUCAAAUAGUUUUCUACAAGAUUAAUUAGUAUCUUCCGUAUUGUUUUAUCAUGUGCUUGAUGAGUUAACACAGACUUACACUAAACAUUCAUCAUGAGACUACUUGGAGCCCUGUACGCUGCAAGAACCCCUGCCAAGGAGCCUGUGCAUUUUCAAGCAAUUCUACCGCUGAAAUUGAAACCCGUCGUCUCAGGUAAAGGUGGCAAGACUUCGGACGUAUGUUGCAUUUAUGAAAUGUCCGUGAUGUUCAACUGUUUCAAAGACAACGACUUCAAUCAGGGUCUGUGCGGCAAAGAGAUAGAACAGUUCCAAAACUGUUACACGAAUCACUUGAGUACAAAGAGGGUUCGGAAAGAGAAGGAACUGAAGGGCAUACUUAAUCCAGGAGAGAAGAAAAUGUCGGCAAAGCAGAUCAAUACCCUUCUUGCUAGGCAUCCUAAUAUUGAGUAA